GAAUCAGAAAAUUGAGAAUUAAAAUUGUGAGAAACUGGGAAAUCCGGUACUUGCGGUAGCGCUGUCUCAUCUCCUUCCUAUUGCGUGAGAUCUGAUCCUUUAUCCAUUCCAUCAUUCCAUCAUAGCUAGCCAUCUACUACGAUACCAGUACCAUGUCAUCCUCAUCCGCUCCAUCAUCCUCUGGCAGCAGCAACAGCAACAGCAGCGCUCAAUUGGAAGCAGAAUACCGAGCGCAAAUCAAAGAAACGUCUCGAGAAGGUCGUUUGAGUUUCAAAAAUCGUGCCGAAGAUUUGUUGCGAUACGAAUGCAAGGAAGAAGCCAAGGAGAUUUGCAAACCGUUCGUUCAAGAUUUUGCGGAAUGUGCUAACGAACAAGGAUUGUUUGUCGUCUUUCGAUGUCAGUCCAAAUUAAAGGCACUCAACUCUUGCAUGGCAAAACACAACGGUGAAGAAGCGUGGCAAAAAUACAAGCAAGAUCAUCAGAAGGAACUGGAAAUCAGAUCCACAGGAAAGAAAGUAUUCUAAGUAACUGUCCUAGUACAUAAAUAAAGGAUUGACAGGAUGGAAUGAUUAGAAUGGAGCGAUUCGAUUCAGCUGCGAGUGAAUGAUAUGAUGAUAUGAUACCGAUAUGAUAUGGUUAGGCAACAAUUUUCUGCAGACAAUGCCAGAUCGUACGACUGUACUCUCUCCCGCAAGUUUAGGACUUGGGUUCACUUUGCCUAAUAACUACUAAGGAAGGCAUCAACGCUUU